AUGUCUACUGUAGUAGUAGACGAAUUGUCAGUUCAAUGCAAUUUUCAGAUUUGCACCACACUUCUGCUAACAUCAGCAGUCUUCGCUGAGGAAUCUGCGAAGAAAAAACGUGGAUUGUUGCUUGGAGGGGGCGGUGACCUAGGUGGACAUGGAGGAUUCGGAGGCGGAUUUGGAGGUGGUGAUCUAGGAGGACAUGGAGGUGGUCUUGGAGGAGGAUUCGGAGGAGGAUUUGGAGGUGGUUCUGGAGGAGGAUUCGGAGGAGGAUAUGGAGGUGGUUAUGGAGGAGGUUUCGGUGGUGGUCAAGGAGGUGGUCUUGGUGGUGGCACUAUAAGCCACAUUACUCUCCAUAAAGAUAUUCCAGUACCGGUACCUCAACCUUACCCAGUUACAGUAGAGAAGAAGGUACCAUAUCCCGUGAAAGUUGCCGUACCAUACAAAGUUGACAAACCCUAUCCCGUACACGUACCAAAGCCAUAUCCAGUACCAGUUGAUAAGCCUUACCCAGUCAAAGUCGUUAAGAAUGUCCCAGUACCAGUGAAAGUACCUUACAAAGUCCCAGUACCUGUUAAAGUACCAGUUCACAUCCCUAAGCCUUACCCAGUGACAGUCCAUAAACCAGUACCAGUCCAUGUUCCAGAUGUCCACAUCAUCAAGAAACCCGUACCUGUGAUCAUCAACACCGGUCAUGGACAUGGAGGUCUAGGAGGAGGCUUCGGAAGUGGCUUGGGAGGCGGUUUAGGAGGUGGACACGGACUUGGAGGUGGUAUUGGAGGAGGUUUUGGGGGAGGACAUGGUGGAUUUAGCUCAGGCGGUUUCGAUGGUGGUCAUGAUUUCUCAUCAUCCGGCAGCUACGGCCAUGUCUUCCUAUGCAUAGCCGCAGUAGUGUUGGCGGAAGACAGAGAUAUCGAAAGGAAAAAACACACCAAACGAGGACUUUACGGUAUAGGCGAUUUCGGAGGUCAUGAUAUCGAAGACAGUUUUGGACAUCAUGAACAAAUUAAAGCAAUAACUAUCGAAAAGAAAAUUCCAUAUCCCGUGCCUCAUCCUGUACCUUUUCCUGUUGUCAAACAUGUUCCAGUACCUUACAAGGUUACAGUCAAGGUUCCUGUUCACCGCCCGUAUCCGGUACCAGUACCGAAACCAUACCUUGUUCCUGUUGAGAAACCAGUUCCUUAUCCAGUGUUUGAAAAAGUUCCUGUCCCAGUCAAAGUACCAAUAAAGGUGCCAGUUUCUGUUCCUCAUCCAGUACCUUACCCGAAACCCUAUCCAGUGACUGUUUAUAAGCCUUACCCAGUAAAGGUACCAUACACUGUCGUUGUAGAGAAAAAAGUACCAUACCACAUCACCAAUCAUAACCACCACUAUGGGAAUGGAAUUGAAAUUGGACCCGGUUUUCGGGGAUUACACCAUUGAGUAGUCCAAAUACCUGAGAGGAUGUUUCUUCAUUUUCCUGUACCAAUAGAUGUGAUAAUUAUAUUCAAAGUGUUAUUUUUUCUUGUCAUUUG